AUACGGUCAAAUUGUGAGCGAAGCGGAUGGGUAGGUGUCCACCGGCGGAAGUGACGCUACGUCAUACGAUUAGUCAAAGGCGGCAAAUGGUGGCUGUGAGUUCUGCGACUUUCAAAACAAAUAUUUGCCGUUUAGGAGAUCAAGAUGUCAAGGAUCGAGAAGAUGAGCAUCCUCGGGGUGCGAAGUUUUGGAGUGGAGGAUAAGGACAAACAAGUCAUAACGUUCUUUAGUCCAUUGACGGUACUCGUGGGACCCAACGGAGCUGGCAAAACGACCAUCAUUGAAUGUCUGAAGUAUAUUACAUCAGGUGACUUCCCACCAGGAAGUAAGGGGACCACUUUUGUCCAUGACCCAAAGGACGCUCACGAGACGGACGUGCGGGCCCAGAUCCGGCUGCAGUUCCGGGACGUUAACGGGGAGCAGGUGGCAGUGCAGAGGUCCAUGCAGAGCACACAGAAGGGCAAGAAGACUGAGUUCAAAACCUUGGAAGGGGUUAUCACCAGGAUAAAGCACGGGGAGAAGGUGAGCCUGAGCUCCAAGUGCGCGGAGAUCGACCGUGAGAUGAUCGCAGCGCUGGGCGUGUCCAAGGCCGUCCUUAAUCACGUCAUCUUCUGCCACCAAGAGGAGUCCAACUGGCCACUUAGCGAGGGGAAGGCGCUCAAGCAGAAAUUUGAUGACAUCUUCUCAGCCACAAGGUACAUCAAGGUCCUGGAGACCCUGCGACAGCUCAGGCUGAAGCAGGCCAACACGGUGAAGGGCUGCCAGACCGAGCUGCGCUACCUGAAGCAGAACAAGGAGAAGGCCCAGGAGAUCCGGGACCUGCUCACCUCUAAAGAGUCCCAGCUGGCCGCCUCCAAGGAGAGCGUGCAGCGCAUCGAGGGCCAGAUCGAGCCCCUGGAGAACCGGUUGCUGGACAUCGACACGACCCUGGGGAAGGUGAUGAAGUUGGAUAACGAUAUCAAGGCCCUGGACAGCAGGAAGAAGCAGAUGGAGGAGGACCGGCAUGAGCUGGAGGAGAAGAUGGAGCAGGUGUUCCAGGGCUCAGACGAGCAGCUCCAGGAGAUGUACCAGAACCACCAGCGCACCGUGCGGGAGAAGGAGCGCCGCCUGGAGGCCUGUCAGAGAGACACGGAGCGGGCGCAGCGGGAGUGCCAGAGGCUCAACCGGCUGAAGUCAGAGCUGCUGGUGGAGCAGGGUCGCCUCCAGCUCCAAGCUGACCGGCAGGCCCAGAGCAUGCGGAACCGAGACUCCCAGGUGAAGGGUCUGGCCUCACACCUGGGGAUGGAGGGGUACGAGCGUGUCCCCUUCAGCGAGCGCCAGCUCAAGAGCUUCCACCAGCAGGUGAAGGAGAGGCAGGACCGUGAGACUGAGGCAGCCAAUCAGGCCAUGAGGGACAUGCAGGAGAAGGAAUCCACGAAGCAGCGGGCCAUCGAUGAGAUCCGGGACAGGAAGACGGGUCUGGAGCGCACGGUGGAGCUGAAGAGGGACCUGCAGCAGAAGCGGCAGCAGGAGCUGAGGAACGCCCGCGGGGACCUGCAGCAGCUGGAGGGCUCCUCCGCCCGUCUGCAGGAGCUGGAGCAGGAGCUGGCCAAGGCGGAGCGGGAGCUGGAGAACGCCGUGCAGGCCUCGGACGUGGACGGCCUGAAGGCCGAGCUCCUGGAGCUGCAGACGGAGAAGGCCCAGAUGGACCGCAGCCAGCGGAAGCUGGACCAGGAGAUGGAGACACUCAACGCCCACACCAAGACCCGCACCGAGAUGGACAUGCUGAGGAAGGACAAGACGGAUAAGGAAGAGCAGGUGCGGAAAAUUAAGUCCAGGCACAACGAGGAGCUGACAUCCCUCCUGGGGCACUUCCCCAACAAGAAGCAGCUUGAGGACUGGAUCCACAGCAAGAACCGUGAGGUCAACCAGACCAGAGACAAGACCUAUAAACUCAGUAAGGACCUGGCCUCAGCGGAGCAGAAUAAGAGCCACUGCAGCGCUGAGAUCCGGAGGAAGGAGCAGGACCUGGCGAGGUUCGAGGAGCAGCUGUUCAACGUCUGCGGCAGCCAGGACUUCCAGUCCGAUCUGGGCAAGCUGCAGGAAGACCUGGAGAAGUGCUCCAAGCAGAGAGCGAUGUUGGCGGGAGCCACGGCAGUGUACACCCAGUUCAUCAGCCAGCUGACGGAGGAGACGGAGCCCUGCUGCCCCGUCUGCCAGCGCACCUUCCCCGCGGAGGCCGAGCUUCAGGACGUGAUCAACGACAUGCAGUCCAAGCUCCGCCUCGUGCCCGACAAGCUGAAGAACACCGAGCAGGACCUGAAGAGGAAGGAGAGGAAGCGCGACGAGAUGAUGGCCCUCAAGCCAAUCAGGCAGUCCCUGUCCGAGCUCCAGGAGCACGAGCUUCCAGAACUCCGGAACAAGCUGCAGGGCAUCAACCGGGAAAUUGAGCGUCUGAAAGGGGACAUCGAGGAGCAGGAGACCCUGCUGUCCCUGCUCAUGUCUGAGGAGGACACGGCCAAAGCCUGCCUACAGGACAUCUCCCUGAUGGACCGGUACCAGCUGGACCUGAGGGACGUGGAGCGGAAGAUCGCCCAGCAGGCCACGAGGCUCCAGGGGGUGGAUCUGAACCGCACCAUCCAGCAGGUCAACCAGGAGAAGCAGGAGACCCAGCACCGGCUGGACACCAUUUCCAGUAAGAUGGAGCUGAAGAGGAAGCUGAUCCAGGAUCAGCAGGAGCAGAUCCAGACGCUGAAGAGCAGUGUGAACGAGACGCGCGCUGAGAAGCUCCAGAUCUCCAGCAACAUGCAGCGGCAGCAGCAGCUGGAGGACCAGUGUGUGGAGUUCUCCACCGAGAUACAGGCCCUGCAGAGGGAGAUUCAGGAGGCCCAGGAGCAGGUAAACCCCCUAGCUGCCACCCUGGAGAAGCUGCAGCAGGAGAAGGAGGAUCUGAUUGGCCGCCGGAAACAGAAGCAGGAAGAGGGGCUGGAGAAGGUUAACGCCAUUAAGGACAGGCUGAGGAACAUAACCGCCUUCGAGAAUGAGAUCAAUAAGUACGUCCAGGAAGGGAAGGAGGAGUACAAAGAGCAAAAGGAGGCGGAGCUUCAGGAGACGAACAGCCAGCUGCACGAGGCUGAGAAACAGCGGGAGAAGAUCAACAAGGACAUGGGCAACAUCAGGCAGGAUAUCGACACGCAGAAGGUCCAGGAGCGCUGGCUGCAGGACAAUCUGACACUGAGGAAGAGGACCAAGGAGCUGGAGGACGUGUGUGAGAAGAGGAAGGUUCUGAUGAAGGAGAUGGGGAACAUGCAGGUCCUGCAGCUGAGAACGGAGCGGCGUGAGGCGGAGCGACGUCUGGAGGACCUGAAGAAGAACCGCAGCGUGGCUCUGGGCCGGCAGAAGGGCUUCGAGGAGGAGAUCCUGCGCUUCCGGAAGGAGCUGCGGGAGGACCAGUACGGCCAGGCCGAGAUGCUCUUCCGCCAGAAGAUGAUCGUCAUGAGGACCACCGAGCUGGCCAACAAGGACCUGGACAUCUACUACAAGGCCCUGGACCAGACCAUAAUGAAGUUUCACAGCAUGAAGAUGGAGGAGAUCAACAAGAUCAUCCGCGACCUGUGGCGCAGCACGUACAGAGGACAAGACAUAGAGUAUGUCGAGAUCCGCUCCGAUGUGGACGAGAACGCCUCUGCGGGCGUGAAGAGGAGGACGUACAACUACCGCGUGGUGAUGGUGAAGGGGGACACGGCGCUGGACAUGAGGGGGCGCUGCAGUGCGGGGCAGAAGGUGCUGGCGUCUCUCAUCAUCCGAUUGGCCCUCGCUGAGACCUUCUGCCUAAACUGUGGCAUUCUGGCCCUGGAUGAGCCCACCACUAACCUGGACCGAGAGAACAUUGAGUCCCUGGCCCACGCCCUGGUGGAGAUCAUCAAGAGCCGCUCCAGACAGCGCAACUUCCAGCUCCUCAUCAUCACCCACGAUGAAGACUUUGUGGAGCUCUUGGGGCGGUCCAGCUAUGUGGAGCAUUUCUACAGAAUCCGCAAGAACGUGGAGCAGUGCUCCCAGAUCUCAAAGUGUAAUGUGUCCUCGCUGAACUCUUACCUACACUGAGCACACUGCUACAGCACACACACACACACACACACACACACACACUCUCUCACACACACACACACACACACACACACUCACACACACACGCACGCACACACGCACACACACAC